AUGGCGACAAGCAAGAACAAUAACCACAGCAAGCAGAAGGCAUCCUCGAAAUCGAGUAAUGCGGAACGUACCUCUGCUUCUACGACCCAAAACAGCUCUCAUCGUUACCUACAGAACCAACAAGUCUCGGCCAUCGAGAGCUGGAAGGACCAUAUACCAGUAGCUCGAAAAGAUUCGGUGACCGCCGAGCCCGAGCAGGAUGAUGCCGUCGUGCAAGCUUACUUGAAGGCGAAGAUGGCACUGUUCGACGUCAUGGCCCCUCGACAGCACACUGUAAAUGGGUCUAUGCCAGUGAUGAGAUGA